GUGGCUUCGUCACACAUCCGAAAUAUCCAAACAGAGACCCCAAAGGCCAAAGCUCAAGAACAAAACAAAAAGGCGAAACCUUUCAUCCAAUUCAAACACACAAAAUACUCAGAAAGCAAGGUUCGGUUUUGAUAUUGUUGAAAGGGAAACAGAGACAUCUUCAAUCACCUUUAAGGGUAGCCUUCUGUUUGAUGAUGUGCGAGGAGAUUGUUCCUCUGUUCGUGUCAGAUGGAAGACCAUGAUAAAUCUCCUCCCCCAAAGGAUUAUUAUAAGAUUCUAGAAGUAGAUUACGACGCAACAGAGGAAUUGAUCAGACUCAAUUAUCGCAAGCUUGCUUUGAAGUGGCAUCCUGAUAAACACAAAGGCGAUAGUGCAGCUAAAGAGAGAUUCAUAGAGAUAAAUGAAGCUUAUAACGUGCUGAUUGAUCCCGCCGCACGUUUUGAGUACGAUUUAACCGGCAUUUACGAGAUCCACAAGUAUACUUUACGGGAAUAUCUCGCCAGAUUUAAGGGAAUGAUACUCACUUGCAAUGGCCUUGGCAUCAGCCAAUCCUUUGCACCAUGGACACUUCAAUUGUCUGAGACCACCAACAAACCAACAGACUAGCAAGGAUACUGUAUAAACUGAAAGCAGAAGUUAGAGGGGAGAGCUAUAAACUGUGUCAAGAUUCUCAAACACUUUCCCAUCUCACCGGCCCUUUAACACGGUGUGUUUGUGAUGUACAAUACUGAAGCCGUAGGGCAGAGCAAUGAUGACAUAUUGAAAUGCUUUAGUUAGAUGUUGUAUUUGUUUCUGAAUCUAUAUAGAGUUAGAGAAGCGUAUAUGGUUUCUGGUUUUAAUUCAUACAGUGGUGAUGAUUCAGGUCUUGUACUAAACUAUUUAGAGAGCUUUACAUAAAGACAUACUAUUUAUGAGGCUUGAGACGCGAAAGAGAAUAAUACAAUCAAUGGAUUGAAGCUUC